AUGAAUCCGUCGCAGCCCGUAUCGUCGCAGAUAUCCAACGUCAGGUUCGGCUAUUUGACAGCUGAUCAUGUGCGCCAAUUGUCCGCCAAGCGCAUCACGAGCGCCGUCACUUUCGACACUCUCGCCAACCCGAUUCCUGGUGGAUUAUACAGUGCAGAGCUGGGCCAGUUCAUGGACAAUGCCUGCGCAACGUGUGGCUUAAAGAACCCGCAAUGUCCUGGUCACCCGGGUCAUAUAGAACUGCCGGUACCAUGCUACCACCCGACAUUCUUCGACCAGAUCCUGCGAUUGCUGCGAGGAGCAUGCAUAUACUGUGGCAAGCUCAAGAUGAAGCGCAUAUUGGUUACGAGGUUCAUAUGCAAGCUGAGGCUGGUGCGGCACGGUCUGUUGAAAGAGCUGAAAGAGCUGGAAGAGAAGGAGAUUCAAGCUGCGAGUGAUCCUACCAAGGCAGGCGCACAUGUGGAUCAGGACGAGGACGAGUCCGAUGCUGGGGACGCGGACACGAGAGCACUUUCCUUGAUGCUGGAGCAAUAUGUGAACGAUGCCAUCAAAAGAGCGAGAAGGAAUGGCACAUUAUCGACUGCCAAGUCGGAAGCAACAAACGCUGAGCGACGGCGAAUAAUACAGGAUUUUAUGAGCAACAUCAACAAGGGCAAGAGGUGCGGAAAUUGUGGAGGCAUCAAUCACAGCUAUCGCAAGGAUCGAUUCGUGAAGCUCUUCAAAAAGCCCUUGAGUGAGAAGGAUCAUGCCGCAAUGGUACAGAAAGGCUUGAAGGCGAGGGAUCCGUUGGUUGAGAUGAGGAGGAAGCUCCGAGCUGAACGAAGUCGGAAGAGAAAACGAGACGAAGAUGAAGCUCCGACUAUCAUAGGCGGUGACCUUGAAGAUGCCAUGGUCAUUGAUGGCGCCGCUGAGACUGCCGCUCGAGCCCAAAAGAAGCCAAAAGCUCAGGACGAGUAUCUCAAUCCCAGCAGAGUUUAUGCUCAGCUUCAGCAGCUCUUUGAAAGCGAUGCCGAAGUGCUCAGCUUGGUAUAUGGUCAAGCUAGCCGGAAAGGUCUAUCGGCAGACAUGUUCUUCCUUCAAACCUUGCUUGUUCCUCCGAAUCGCUUCAGACCUGAGGCCAGACAAGGAGAUGGUGCAAUCAGUGAAGCCUUGGAAAACGGCGCAUACCGAAGCAUUUUGCAGAACUGCGACACCAUCACAGAAAUACAGCGAGAACUCAGUGGCGGCAAGCCAGCGGAGACGCGAUACAGAGAGCGGACAUAUGCCGACCUUGAAAGCGCUUGGCUUGUGCUGCAGGAGAACGUCAACACGCUGAUAGACAAAGACCGCUCUCCUUUGCAAGGUGCUGCGAAUGCCCGAACGCCGGACGGCAUCAAGCAGAAACUGGAGAAGAAGGAAGGUAUGUUCCGAAAGUACAUGAUGGGUAAGCGUGUCAACUUCGCUGCUCGUACUGUCAUCUCGCCCGAUCCGAACAUUGAGACGAAUGAGAUUGGUGUCCCUCCAGUCUUUGCUGUCAAGCUGACAUAUCCGGAACCCGUCACGCAAUGGAAUUACGAAGAACUCCAAGCAGCUGUACAGAACGGACCUCACAUCUGGCCUGGCGCUGUUGCAAUAGAAAGCGAGAAUGGAUCCGUUAUAAGCUUGGAAAGGAAAAAUCCCGAAGAGCGGCUAGCUUUGGCGAACUCAUUACUUGCACCUUCGCCAUCUGGCAACACACGAGGAGCACGACCGAAGAAAGUGCAUCGUCAUCUUAACAAUGGCGAUAUUGUCAUCAUGAAUCGACAGCCCACCCUCCACAAACCGUCUAUGAUGUGUCAUCGAGCAAGAGUACUACCUGGAGAGAAGACACUUCGUAUGCACUAUGCAAAUUGCAACACUUACAACGCCGAUUUCGAUGGUGACGAAAUGAACAUGCAUUUCCCGCAGAACGAGCUAGCGAGAGCAGAAGCGCUGUCCAUCGCUGACACAGAUCAUCAAUAUCUGUCUGGAACCGCCGGCAAUCCGCUUCGAGGUCUCAUUCAAGACCACAUCUCGAUGUGUGUCUGGCUGACGAGUCGUGACAUGUUCUUCGAACGAGGAGACUACAUGAAUUUGCUGUAUGCAGCUUUACGGCCGGAAUCUGGGCAUUGCUCAAAUGGCAAGGUGGAAACAGUGCCGCCAGCUGUCUUCAAGCCAAAGCCUAUGUGGACAGGAAAACAGGUUGUCAGCACCAUUCUGAAGAACCUGCAGCCACAAGGCGCUCAGGGCCUGACCAUGAACGGUAAGAGCACAACGCCUGCCACGAUGUGGGGUAAGGUUGGCAAGGAUGAGGGUGAAGUGAUCGUGAAAGAUGGUGAUCUGCUGCAAGGUAUCCUUGACAAAAAGCAGAUCGGACCUGCAUCUGGUGGAUUCGUCAACGCAGUCUACGAAGCUUACGGCCACACAAUCGCUGGUAAGCUGCUCAGCGUGCUCGGUCGACUCUUGACAAAAUUGCUUCAUAUGCGCGCAUUCUCUUGUGGCGUCGAAGAUUUGAUAUUCACGCGAAACGGCGAGGAAAGCAGACAGAAAGCGUUGGCUGGCGCACAGACUGUCGGUCUGGAAGUUGCAUCGAAAUAUGUGUCGCUGCAAGACCAAAAGCCGACGAGCGAAGACAAAGAGUUGAAGCGGCGACUGGAAGAUGUCGUGCGAGAAGACGCAAAACUUCAUGGCUUGGAUCUGCUUUCCAACGCUGCUACAGCACAGCUCAGUAGCCAGGUUUCAACAGAUUGCAUGCCUGCUGGACUUGCCAAGCCUUUCCCGAAGAACCAGAUGCAGACCAUGACCAAUUCCGGUGCGAAGGGAUCGAAGGUGAACGUCAACCUCAUUUCUUGCAAUCUAGGUCAACAGGUCUUGGAAGGUCGAAGAGUACCAGUAAUGGUCAGCGGGAAGACUCUGCCUUGUUUUGCGCCCUUCGACUCCAGCGUGCGGGCAGGAGGAUACAUUGUCGACCGUUUCUUGACAGGUAUCCGCCCGCAAGAAUACUUCUUCCACGCCAUGGCUGGUCGAGAAGGUCUCAUUGAUACAGCUGUCAAGACUUCACGUUCUGGAUACCUUCAACGUUGCUUGAUCAAGGGUAUGGAAGGGCUACGCGUUGAGUACGACACGACUGUACGUAACACAGAAGAUGGCAGUGUGGUGCAAUUCUUGUACGGCGAGGAUGGCCUCGAUGUCGGAAAGGCGAAGUACAUGGAUGACUACAAGUUCACCGCAGAGAACUACCUUUCGCUCUUCAACAGCAUGCAGAUGGGUGAGGCAUUCGACAGACUGCUCAGUCAAGAGGCAAAGGAUCACAACAAAGCCGCUGAGAAGAAAUUCCGCAAGACAGGGGACCUUGGCAGUUCUGAUCCUGCAAUUGCGUUGUAUUCACCAGCAAACCAUGUCGGAGCUAUCAGCGAGAAGCAGUUCACGCAAAUCCGCGACUACAUUGAGAGCAAUCCUCAUAGGCUCGUGAGGGAUAAGAAGCAGGGAGUCGAUGGGCCAUCAACGCUCUCGAAACGGAAUCUAGAGCACAUUCUUGCGGUGCGCUACCUCAAGUCAGUGGUUGAAUCGGGAGAAGCUGUCGGUGUCGUUGCAGGCCAGUCUGUUGGUGAACCGUCCACACAGAUGACGCUGAACACUUUCCACUUGGCUGGUCACGCUGCAAAGAACGUCACACUAGGUAUUCCUCGUCUACGAGAAAUCGUGAUGACUGCUGCGAAGGAGAUCUCAACACCGCAGAUGACGCUGCUCAUGAAUCGUGGUAUCUCUGCGGAAGAUGCGAAAAAGUUUGCAAAGGGUAUCAGCAAGCUCAGUCUGGCAGAAAUCAUUGACAAAGUGACUGUUUCCGAGACGGUCGGCAAGGGCAUUGGAUAUGGCGAGGCGAAACAGUACAGUAUUCGCUUGGACUUCUUCCCGAGCGAUGAAUACCGACGCGAGUACGCCAUCACUGUCCAGGAUGUUGUGCGGACGAUCGAGCACAGUCUCCUGCCAGUCCUCCAGAAGACCGUCCGGAAAGAGCUGAAGAAGCGCGGUGAUGCCAAGACACUCAAGGGCGUGGAGGCCGCGCUGGGCGAAGUUGAAAGCGGGUCGCCAGAGCCCGAAGAGUCAUUUAGAACCGAUCGGAAGAACAUCGCUGCCAACCGUCUCGAUCGGAUCAAGGGCUCCGACAAGACCAACGACAUCGCCUCCUUCGAGUUCGACGACCGAAAAGGCUCUUACUGCAACUUCGUCAUGGAAUACGACUCGACAACCGCCAAGAUCCUCAUGCUUAACCUCCUUGAAACCUCCCUCCGAAACUCCCUCAUCCAACACGUCGACAAAAUCGAAGGCUGCAUGCUCGACGAAGAAGCCCUCAAAGACGCAGCAAAGAAGAGCCCUGAUGUCACUCCCACACCAACCCUCCUCGCUUCAGGCGUCAACAUAAAAGCAAUGUGGGACUUCCAACACGCCAUAAACCCAAACCACAUCUACACCAACUCCAUCCACGACAUUCUACUCUACUACGGCGUCGAAGCCGCCCGCGCCGCCAUCGUCAAAGAACUCCAAAGCGUCUUCGGCGGUCACGGCAUCAGUGUAGAUCCUCGCCACCUCAUGUUGAUUGCCGAUUACAUGACGAGGAAUGGCGGAUAUCAGGCUUUCAGUCGCAUGGGCUAUGGAAGUAAUGUUAGUCCGUUUAUGAAAAUGAGUUUUGAGACUACUGUGAGCUUUUUGAAGGAUGCUGUGUUGAAUGGUGAAGUUGAGGAUUUGAAGGGGCCGAGUGCGAGGAUUGUGGUGGGGAAGGUUGGGGGGAUGGGGACGGGGAUGUGUGAUGUUUUUUUGCCGGUUAGGGAGAGGGGUGUAGAGGAAGAGGAAGAGGAGGGGGAUGUUGAGAUGGAGGAUUGA